UUGUCAAAGCGGAUGAUGUAGUAAACAGAAGAAUAAAAUUUUUGUUUCAAUCGUUAUAGCCGUGAAUUUCCGAUAUUUCUGAGUUAAAGUACCACCGAAAUGUUCUGCCGAAUAUGUUUAGUAGAACAUGCAAGUGGGCUGGCAAUAUUUGAAGAAUAUCGGGGUGAAUUCUUGCCGGGAAUUGUUCGCACCAUUGCCGGAGUUGAGAUAAUCCAAGGAGAUGGACUUCCAGAGCACAUUUGCUAUGAUUGUGCACAUAUCCUACUGCAAGCACAAGACAUCCGGAAAAGAUGUCUCGAGUCUGAUGCCGUCCUCCAUGCACGUGUUUUAAUGGAACAACAUUCACAGGAUUCUCUACAGAAAAUCGAGUCAGAGAAGAACAUUUUCAUCUGGGAAACAAUCAUCCAAACCUACGAGCCUCCUCCGGAAGACAUAUUCAAGGCUGAACCGGUAGAACCACCACCCAGCUGGGAAGAACCGAAGGAGGAGGAAGUGUCUGAUGAAUCGGAAAAAGAAACAACCGAGCUAGAGAACGGCUGUCCCGAAAACGAAGUAGAAGAGGUCUUCAAGUGCAAACACUGCCCCAAGCAAUUCUCCAAUAAGACAAGAUUUAAUCGCCACGAACACUACCAUAAGCAGACGAAAUGCAAAUGUCCUAUCUGUAACAAUGUCUUCUCUCAUAAGUCGAAUCUCAAGCGCCACAUCGCCACCCACAAGAACCAGAAUCAGUUCAACUGCGACAAGUGCAAGGCGAAAUUCUCAGAUUCCAAUGAUUUGUAUGAGCAUCUGCUGAAACAUUCCAAGACUGAAGCACAACGGGAGUACAUCCAUGAGUGCAACUUUUGCGACAAACGAACGAAAUCCGUCGCAGCUUAUCGAUUGCACAUGAAAACCGAACAUGGAAUGGAAGCAGAGAAACCAUUCCUUUGUAAAAUUUGCCCAUUAACGUUCGCUUCCAAGCAAGGACUCAAUCGACAUAUCGACAACAUCCACGACAGCAAUCGCAAGAAUCUCCGUAAUCGCGAUAAGAGCUUCUCAUGUCCCACUUGUGGGAAGAAGUUCUCCGCCAAUUUCCAUUUGCAAGUGCACAUUCGUAUUCAUACAGAAGAGCAUCCUUACAAAUGUGAUCAAUGCCCAAAAUCCUUUGCACAAGCUUCCGGGCUAAAAUUGCACAUGUUCGCCCACAACGGUGAGAAGCCGUUCGCUUGCCGGGUAUGCGGCAAAAGAUUCAAGCAAUAUGGCUAUGUGCGGGCACAUCUACGAAGCCAUUCGGGUGAAAAGGGACAUGCUUGCAAGGUGUGCAAUCGCUCGUUCCGUGUAAAGGGAAAUCUAACAGCUCACAUGGCCACACAUAUAGGAUCGAAGCCAUUUGCGUGUGACGUGUGCGGCAAGAGCUAUGCGCACAGCAAAAAGCUAAGGACGCACUUUGAGAAGGUGCACCGCAGUCAGCCGAAAGAAACCUGAACGUAUUACUGGAAAGGUGUCUUCCUGAGAACACUAACUAUACUAGCUACACACCCCUAUUGCAAUUUUAGUGGUAAGUUUUCUGUCUACACAAUACUCAAGGGCGUAGUAGUCCCAAGUACUCUUCGUAGUUUUAGUUUUUUAGAUUUGUCAAGAAAUUGUCCAUUUUUUUAAUGCAGACAUCAAAACAAAGUGCAAUCGAAUAGAUGAACGUUUCAUAGUCUUCAAGGAAUUUUGCUUCGUCUACUUGUUUUGCACGAAAUUUUAGAAUUUAAAUUUAUCGAUUUUUAUCAUAUGCCACAUUGGUGCCAAUAAAGCUCA